AUGGCGUGCGCCACUGCGGCGGAUGCUAUUGUACAGCUCCUGAGAGCAUACGACAAAACGUUCAGUGUGCGGAGAGCCCCCUAUCUGAUUUCCUAUGCGACUUAUGUCGCUGCCACUGUGCAUGCCCGUAUUGCGGCGAAGCGGGGUGCAGGCUCUCAAGCUCACAAGAGCCUAGAGACUUGCUUAGCCGUUUUCCGCGAGAACCAAGAGACAAAUUGGGCUGUACGACGGGCCAAUGCCAUUAUCCAGAACUUGAUGAAGAGACUGGGUGUUGUUGCGCCUGACCUGAACGAUACACAUAUCGGCAGUGGUGGCGAGGACAAUCACGAGAGCACUCCAGACGUUUCGUUGAGCAGGUCGAUGGAUCGCGAACCAAGCUUGCAGAGCUUCGAUAUAGAUGGCAUCAUUCAAAGUUUCGUCCGAGAGCAGGAUUCGUCACAUAUGCCAGGUCCAGUAGACCCUACCGCCGACAUGGCUGUACCUGGAGUGCCGUCGUCGGCGUACAAUACCAUGGAGACGGCAAACAUGCCCUACGGAAAUUCUGGAAACUGGGCGUAUCAGGACCAACAACAACCCUUCAGCGAGCAACCAUUUUCGGUGGAUGACCUCCUUUACGGUUUCAACGGAUCCGAGCUUGAUCAAUUCCCAACCAUGAAUUGGGACAUGUAA